UAAAACGCUGACAUAACAAAUCAACGAAAACGUUUAAAUAUCGUUUAAUUUUAUUGUUAUUUCAGGCGAAUAAAUCAUGUUGAUAAAUUGGUCAUUUUAUUAUCCUAAACAUGGACAAAUUUCGGCCAUGUAAAUAAAAUCUUUAGGACAGUUUUGGUUAUUUUGUCUGCCUCUCUGUGUGACAAAACGCAUGACUUCCUGGCGAAGAACACAAACAAAAAUCAAAACAUGAAAAAAAUGUCACGCAAAUGAGUUGGUGUAGAAUGACAGCACACUUUAAGUUAUUCAGAAUCUUUAAAGCUACAUGAACAAUUUGUUUGGAUGAGUAUAUGGAGUCUGCGUGGUCAAUACAAAUAUACAAUAUAUUUUAAUAUACAACAUUAACUUCCUGAAAAACUGUACAAUUAAAUUAAAAAUUCAAAAUGAAAGGACUUCCACCACCUCUUCCACCACCACAUCCGCCACCACCACCACCAUUGCUUCCCAGUGCCAGAAAUUGUCACAGCAACCGACAUGCUGGUCAGUGUACAGUGCGAAGGAAGAGCAGCCGUCCAUCGUCACCACCUGCUCCAGCACCUCUGCCUCUCAGGUCUGAUUCAGAACGGAGGAAAAACAGCUUGCAUCCUCAAGAACCUCCUCAAGAUGACAAGAACAACCAGCCGUCAACAUCAGAUGAAGUAAGAAGUCUUCAACAGAUGAAGACAAGAACUCACGAUGAUAUUUUGAGAGAUAUUCAUCCAUCCCUCUUACACAAUGCAGACUAUCUCAAGUCUGAUCCCUUGUUACGACAGUAUCUUUAUGCACAUUAUCUGGAUCAGACUGAAUUAGAAGAGAUUGACUGGACUGGUAUGGCCGGAGCUGCUGGUGGGUCCGGAGAUAAUGAAAAUACGGAUAGUGAAGAGAAUAAUGAGAUGAAUGGCUGGGAUGAAGAUGACAGUGAUCAGGAUGACUGGGGAAUGGAACGGUUAUCGUCCUUAGUCAAUAAAUUUGAGAAGUUACGUCUACGCAAUCAUCUGGAAGCCUUCAGUCAUGGUGAUGCAGAAGUCAGAGAAUGCUGUGUGUGCCUUGAGGUAACAAACCUGUACAAACGCAAGUGCUGUAGUUUUGCUGUGUGUGAUGAAUGCAUUGAGCAGUUCUUGACGACUCAAAUCAGCGAGGGACAGCUCAAGAUAAGCUGCAUGAGUGACACGUGUGACAUCAUUAUGGACCGGGACGAGAUUCUAGCUAGGGUCAGUGUCCCAGUCAAGGAAAAGUACUACAGGUUCCUUGUUGAUGCGAAUAAAGAUCCAAAGGUAAAGACAUGCCCAAGGUGCUGUCAGAUUUACAAGUUGAAAGAUGAGGAGGCACUUGCCAAGAACAAAUAUGGCAUGCCCGUGGAAUGUACUGAAGAGAACUGCAAGCUAAUAUGGUGUUUUGAGUGCCAAGCACCGUAUCACAGUGGUGUCAAAUGCAGAGAUUUUGUGAAAGGCGACAAAAUGGUGAAAAAAUGGGCGCAAGAAAAGCAUUAUGGCCAGAACAACGCACAAAGGUGUCCAGGAUGUAAGAUAUUUAUUGAGCGUAAAUGCGGAUGUGAUCACAUGACAUGCUCCAAGUGUAAGACGAGCUUUUGCUACAAGUGUGGGGAGCGAUACUUGAGUGUGAAGUUCUUUGGCAAUCACCUGAGUCGGUACAGUCCGUUAGGUUGCAAGUACAACUACAUCCCAGAGCGACCAGUGGUGCGCAGGCUUGUUAGGGGCUCUGUGUUUGGUGCCAAGCUUCUGGGUGGUGUGAUGUUGGCGGGAGUGGGCGUCGCCCUGGCUGGGGUCCUCAUUGGCACUGCCCCAAUCACCCUGCCCAUCCUGGGGGCAUAUCAGCUGAAGAAGAGGCACAAACGGAGGCAAAGGAUGAAACGACACCGCCGCAUUGUAGAGCUUACCUCACGACGACUGCAUGAGCACCUGUGUAAGACGGCCCAGGCACCCAGAGAUUCCUUAAAACUCUAUGCAGACACCAUGCAUAUAGGGAUACAGACAGGAUCAUCACAGGAAGUUGAUGUAACGGUUCACAAUCCCUACCAACUCGAGUCAUCGUCGACGUCAAGUGACUCUGAGAUGAUACGAGUCAACUUCAUGGACCUAACCGGUAACUGGACCGUGACUACUGCUGAAAUUACCCACAAUGCCUCAGAUGAGGACGGGAGGGAGCCUGGCAUGGUUCUGCACGUGAAAACAUCCUAUAUUAGAGACCAUAAGGACGAAUCUGUAGUGACACUUGAAAAUAGUGACCCUGUGAACGAUCAUCUUGAAUCAGCCCAUCGUAGCGGGGAUCAAAACAGUGACAGUAUUUCUAAGUUUGGCACAUACAAAUGUUCCCACUCAGGUUAUCCAAAGGCUGUUGUCCAUAGACGCGCUCAUUCCACUGGGUCCAUCAGGAGGCCUUCACGGUUUGGAUCAAUGUCAACCAAGAGUAAAAGGAGCCUGACCCCUCAGAACAGCCACCACUUUGAGCCCGGUCUACUGCCACAUCCCCGUCUAGAUGCUGAUCAGAGUCCCAUUGAAAGCUCUCUGGAUCUAGAAGGAUAUAAAGCCUCCGUCUACAAUGAUCAAGGAAUCGAAUCCAAAACAGUGAAUCAGUCUGGUUGCUUUAUGAAACUUUUCAGUAAAAAGCCAACCACUUCGCAGUCUCAGAGUGAUAGGGAGAGGCCUGAUAUCAGCAGAGACAAGCCUGAUAUCAGCAAGCACAUGCAGAACGACCUUGACCUCCAUUGGGGUGUUUGUCCAGACGUCGUAGCGUGCACUCUGGAGUCGGGGGCGAGGCAUAAGGAGCUGGCUGAAUGGGAAGGGGCCAAUCAGGGGGUCUCUGUGGGGGAACAGGGGCUGGUUGCCAAGGAAACCCUGUCAACAUAUUUGUAGAAGAAUGACCAGGUUGAGUCUGUGAUUAAUAGCUUGGAAGUGAUAUAUGUGGAAACUGUAUGUGAUCUUGUAUGUGAGAUUUGAUGCAACAUGAAGUGGUGGACACAAGCCUUUAAGUGAAAUAUUGGUACAUUUCUCAGUAUAAAACAGGAAUUCUUAAUCAAGGGAUUACAGUGAUACAAUAACAAUGUGUAGGUAUGUGUAUGUCCAAAGUAAUAUUUUCAAUGCCUUGCUUGAUAACCAUGGUCAAAAUGUUUAAGAAGAGAACACUGGAAACGUUUUUUAUGUGGUUAAUCAAAGAAAGUCCAUGAGGUUCUUUGUUUGGAUCAACAAUGUUUACUUGUUUGCUGAUUGUAUGGUUAUUUUAUUUUGACAAACAAGUUAAACUUGUUUUAUAUUAGGACAAAUCAAAUCAAUUUUUGUAAGCAGUGUGAAAUCAUACGAAAAUUAAUAAAUACAUAGAUUUACAAUGUUAAUGUAACUGGACACCUAGGGGUGACAGAUAUCAUGUAUUGAUCAUGUUGUGUUCCAAACCAUACACAUGGCAUGUUAGACUGACUGUUUGAAUUAUUAAUGUGAUAAUGUAAUAUAUGUAGUUAGUGGAUGCAGUCAAACAUAUGCUUCUAUUCAUCUUUUUAUACCCCCAAAUGGCAAAGGAGGGCAUAUAGUGAUCUGUCUGUCCGUCUGUCUUUCCGUCACACUUUUGCGUUUUGGUUUUGAAAAAUGCUCAUAACUUCUAUGUCGCUUCAGAUGUAACCUUCAUAUUUGGUAUGCAUGUGUUUAUGCACAAGGCCUUUCCAUACGCACACAAAUGUUGACCCUUUUGACCUUGACUUUGAACUCAGGGUCCACAUUUAGGUUUGGAAAUCUGCGUUUAGGUUUCGAAAAAGCGUUUUUCGGGGGCAUAUGUCUUCCGAUGGAGACAGCUCUUGUUGUUAGCGAAAAAUUGUUCAAAUUUCUAAAAUGCGGAACUUUUUUUAGAAAAUGAGAACAUGUUUAUCAUUGUCAUUUUCUUAUGUCGUUUUAAAAAAAUUGUACAGGAAAAAUACCUUUUCCUUAUGAAAAAACACAUACAAAUAUUUGAAGAGAUAAAGAUGUUUUUUGGCGUA